AUGGACGUGGUUUCGCCGGAACUCAACAGCCUCCUUCCCGACGAAAUCAUGGACAUGGAGGCCAUCGAGGUGGUGGCGCAGUCCAGCCAAGACGCGUCCGUCGCCAUGGAAACGGACUCCGUCGGCACGUCGACGGAACGUGGCCUCCACGGCGACACAGUCUCCACUUCCGGUUUAUCCUCCCAGCCGGUCACUCUGAGGCCGACGCUGGCCACCUCCGCCGCCACCACCAAGACCACAGACAGCGUCACGGGGACGACGGUCACCACGAGCACCUUACAGAAGCUGGCGCCGCUCAGCAUCUCCGCCAGCAACCACCAUCAGAUCAUCCUCAACAAGGUGGCGCAGGCCUCUGAGUCGGCACGGGCGGCGGGUGGUCAGAAGCUCGUAUUGACCACCAUAGGAAAGACUGGGCAGCCCAUCGUGCUGCAGCUGCCCCAUGCCACCACCAAGGUGGGAGGAGCGGCGGGAGUGACCGACGGAAAGUCCAUCAAGUUGGUGACAAUCGGCGGAAGGACAGAUUUAAAGCCGUUGGUCGGCAGUGCAGCCAGUCACGUGACUGCCUUACAAGGGCAACAGCUUAAGACUGUGCAGAUCGCCAAGAAAACGCCAGUGUCUUCGACUCCGCCCAUCAAGUUCAUCAUCACCAAACCGGUGAACAGCAAAGCGCUGAGUCCUCAGACGUCAGGCGCUCCCGUCAUUGCCGGAAGAGUCCUGGCGCAGAAUUCUCCGACGAUGCCUCAGAGGACGAUCACGCUCACCGAGUCCCAGCUUAAUACGGCGGCCAGCAUCCAAACCAUCGCCGGCAAAAAGAUCGCCAUCUCUCCCCUCAAGUCUCCUAGCAAGGUAACGGUGGUUUCCGUGGCAUCGCCAACCUCCGGAGGUGCUCAGAAGUCCAUGACUCUGCCGGUCGGCGUGGCGCUGGGCCAGCAGAUUCUCUCGGUGCCGCAGUCUACUUCGGUGUCACCUGUCAAGGUGGCCACCAGCCAGGCAGCAGCGCAGAAUAUCAAACCGGUCCAAUCUGUGGCGGUGGCCGGCUCCCAGUUCAAGACCAUCAUCCCACUGGCUGCCCAGCCUAACAUGCAACAGAUCCAGGUACCAGGAAGCCGCUUCCACUACGUUCGUUUGGUCACCGCCACAACGGCGAGUGGCGGCAUGCAGCCCAGUGCUUCCAGCACCAGCGCCAUGCAGCCAGCUAAACCCAUGGUGGUCAGCACAGGAGCGGUGAGGAUGUCGGUCCCCAUUGUGACGGCUCAGACGGUAAAACAGGUGGCGCCCAAACCAGCCACCCAGGUGGUCACCGGGUCGACGACCCAGCAGCGCCUCAUUAUGCCCGCCACAGCACUUCCCCAAAUCCAGCCCAAUUUUGCUAACCUGCCGCCAGGCACCGUCCUAGCGCCGGCCCCAGGCGGCGCGAAUGUGGGCUAUGCCGUGUAUCCGGCACAGUACGUCACGCAGCUUCAGCAGACGCCCAUUGUGACCCUUGCUAACAACUCCACAUUUUCCAACUCCGCCGCCACCGUUCAGACUCAGGCCCGACUACCGCUCAAUGGCAUGUCGGCAGAGGCGACGUCCCGGCCAAGGAAACCUUGUAAUUGCACGAAGUCUCAGUGUCUUAAACUAUAUUGCGAUUGCUUCGCAAACGGCGAGUUCUGCAGCAAUUGCAACUGCAACAACUGCUUCAACAAUUUGGAGCAUGAGACCGAGCGCUCCAAGGCCAUCAAGACAUGUUUGGACCGCAACCCGGAGGCCUUCAAGCCCAAGAUCGGCAAAGGGAAAGAGGGCGAGUCGGACCGGCGCCACAGCAAAGGCUGCAACUGUAAACGGUCGGGUUGCCUGAAAAACUACUGCGAGUGCUACGAGGCCAAGAUCAUGUGCUCGUCCAUCUGCAGGUGCAUCGGCUGCAAGAACUUCGAGGAGAGCCCGGAGAGGAAGACGCUCAUGCACUUAGCGGACGCCGCGGAGGUGAGGGUCCAGCAACAGACGGCGGCCAAGACCAAGCUCUCCUCACAGAUUUCAGACUUGCUCAUGAGGACAACGCCUGUAAUAUCAAGUGGGGGCGGCAGGCUCCCGUACACGUUUGUGACAAAGGAAGUGCUGGAAGCCACGUGCGAGUGCCUCCUGGAGCAGGCCAAGUGGGCGGAGCAGACGCGGCAACCUCAAGUGGAGGCCGAGCGCCUAAUCCUGGAAGAGUUUGGACACUGCCUCAUGAGCAUCAUCAACUCGGCAGGCAAAGCUAAAGCGGACUCCGCCGCCAUCAACAGCUAG